GGGCUGGCCAAGCCCCCAAGAGGAUGGCAGCCUGAGCGACGGAGCCACCUCCUGUGCAGCCUAUGAGCACAGGGUGAAGCCUGAGCGGUCAAAUGGCCAACACGACAGAGCUGAACGCCACAGAAGUCGCAGGCUCGGUGGGGUUAAUCUUGGCGGCUGUCCUGGAGGUGGGGGCAUUGCUGGGCAACAGCGCACUGCUGGUCGUGGUGCUGCGUACGCCAGGACUGGGCGACGCGCUCUACCUGGUGCACCUAUGCAUCGUGGACCUGCUGGCGGCUGCCUCCAUCAUGCCGCUGAGCUUGCUGGCCGCACCGCCAUCCGGGCUGGGCCGCGUGCGUCUGGGCCCCGCGCCGUGCCGCGCGGCGCGCUUCCUGUCCUCGGCUCUGCUGCCCGCCUGCACGCUGGGCGUGGCCGCGCUCGGCCUAGCGCGCUGCCGCCUGAUAGUGCACCCGCUGCGGCCAGGCGCGCGGCCGCCGCCCGUGCUCGUGCUCACCGCCGUCUGGGCCGCGGCUGGGCUGCUGGGCGCGCUCUCCUUGCUCGGGCCGCCGCCCGCACCGCCCCCUGCCCCGGCUCGCUGCUCGGUCCUGGCCGGGGGCCUCGGGCCCUUCCGGCCGCUCUGGGCGCUGCUGGCCUUCGCGCUGCCCGCCCUCCUGCUGCUGGGCGCCUACAGCAGCAUCUUCCUCGUGGCGCGUCGCGCCGCCCUGCGGCCCCCGCGGCCCGCGCGCGGGGCCCGGCUACGCUCUGACUCUCUGGAUAGCCGCCUCUCCAUCUUGCCGCCCCUCUGGCCUCGCCUGCCUGGGGGCAAAGCGGCCCUGGCCCCAGCGCUGGCGGUGGGCCAGUUUGCAGCCUGCUGGCUGCCUUAUGGCUGCGCGUGCCUGGCGCCUGCAGCGCGGGUCGCGGAGGCCGAGGCGGCUGUCACCUGGGUAGCCUACUCGGCCUUCGCGGCUCACCCCUUCCUGUAUGGCCUGCUGCAGCGUCCAGUGCGCUUAGCGCUGGGCCGCCUCACCUGCCGCGUGCUGCCCCGGCCCCUGCGGGCCUGUGCUCGGCAGGCUUGUGCUCGGCAGACCUGGCACUCACAGGCACUGCUGCAGCGCCUUCAGGGACCCGCCUCUGAGGGAUCUGCCCUAGGCCCCACUGAGGCACCGGAACAGGCCCACACGUGGGCAGGAGGGCAGCGCCUGAGCAUGCCAGAGGCCACCUGA